GGAGCCGGUCACAGCUGGUCAGCUGAUCACAGCUGCUGCUGAUGAGACAGUCUAGAGUAAAUAGAAACAGAUACAGGAUAGAAAUGACAACAUUAAUGAGCUUCUACAGGAUCUUGCUCUCUCGAUGUUUGAUGUCUUAUUUGAUCCAAACGGACCCGUGUGUUGGUGUCUGCACAUUUCCACCUGUCAAACCAGCACGAACAUUUUCACACAGAAUCAGACUUCACUCUGAGAUCCAAUUUAAAAUCAAAGGAUCGGACAGACAGAGCCGUCUUAUUCUCACUGGUUCAUAUGACUCCUAUUCUCUGUGGGUGGGUGACAUCACACGUACAGUUUCUGAUGAAGACCAGAAGUCGAGGUGACAGAAAAUGACGGGACGUGUUUCGACACACAGGAAGUGUUUGGACACUUUUUACAGAAAUUACUUCUUCAAAAACAAGAGGAAGAGAGAAACAACCACAAAUACAGUGAACGCAUCGCCUCAGUUUGACGGUCACUCAGUCCUGUAGUUUGAUCCGAAGAGUUUAAAGAACAGAACCACCCUCUCUUCACGACAUGAGGACGGCCUGGGCCUUUCUGUUGCUGCUGGCUGGUGCUGUGGGUCAAAGGGUGAAAUAUCCACCUCCUGUUUGUGCUGUGAAAGGCUCGACUGUCACCCUCCCCUGCACCUUCACACCAACUAUGAAGAUCAUCAGAGUCGUUUGGUGCCAGAAUCAUCUGAUUUGUUAUGGAGUCACUCCGUCUGUGUACGACAGUGAUUCAAAGACCAACAACCCCUCCGACACUCGCUACAAAUACCUGGGAGACAAGACGGGGAACUGCACUUUACAGAUCAGUAAUCUACAGAAGAGAGAUGAGGCAACGUUUCGCUUCAGAAUGGAGGCUGAUGAUUCAGCAGGACAUUGGACUGGACAAAGUGGAGUGAAUGUCACAGUUGUUGACGGUUCUCCGAUGAAAAUAACGAGCUCCAGUGAGAGAGAGGUGAGAGAGGGUCAGAGCGUCACACUGCUCUGCACCUCAACCUGCACCUUCCAGCAGCUGCAGGUCACCUGGUUCAGAGGUGACCACCCCCUCCCAGAGUCUGGCCCCGCCCUCAUGCUCAGCCCUCUGACCGCAGAGGAUUCUGGGAACUACACCUGUGGUUUGAAGGCCAACCAGAGGACACGCUCGGUGGCGUACGUGCUGCAGGUGGAGGCUGCAGACGGAGGAACCACACUGGACUACCUGACGAUUGUCCGUGUGCUGCUGGUCACUGCGCACACGGUGCUCAUCGUCAUAGUGGCGUCCAUCGUCAUCAAAAGGACGUGUGUUUGCAGGAGGCAGAGCAGCAGAUAGACGAGUGAUGACGCAGCCUCCGGAUGUCAGGAGGAGCCCUGACGCCCCGAGGAACGAGGCCGGACUGUCUGACAUCACUGAUAUCAUCUCUAAUAUAUCUGCUCUAAAGCUGAUUGGUGUUGACUGCUUCCUGUAUUGAGCUGAAGUGAUGUACCGGACAUCAAAAAUAUGUUCAGUUUGUUGUGUGUGUCAGCAGCUGGUGACUGAAUAUUGCAAUUCAGUCAAAUGUUUUCUGUUUCACUUCAGUUAGUAGAAAUACUAUGAAUUCUUGGAUCUGAAUGUUUACUCAUAAGGAUAUCAGUAUUUUUUAAAAAGCAGUGAAAUCAACAUGUUUGUGUUUCAGAAAUACAAUAAAGAUUUCAACAGUUA